UUAUCCUCGACAUCCAACCGGCCGAAAGGAUUGGUCACUACUCAUUCCUUUCUACUCCUCCGUUUGCAUUUCGGCUCAAAUCAAAUCUGGCCCCAAUUUAUUCUUAUAAUUUCAGUCUCAAAUCUCCAAGAAUUUUUUCAAUCCACAAGUUGAAAUGCUGGGUGGGUUGUACGGAGAUCUCCCUCCGCCCUCUGAUGACGACAAGCCAACCACCACCACCUCCAACGUCUGGUCCACCACUGCCAAGAUGGCGCCACCCACUCUUCGAAAACCAUCCUCAAUUUUCGCGCCACAAACCAUUCUCAAAUCCCAAUCCAAGCCCAAAACCCAAAAUCCCCAACCCAAAACCCUAAACUCCCCUAUAAUCCUCCCGUCCCCCGCCGAUACCGCUUCAUCCCCCCCUCAACCGGCCCUUGUAGGCGUCACGUCCACCGUCAUUGAAGAGUAUGAUCCCGCCCGACCCAACGAUUACGAAGAUUACCAAAGAGAACGAAAAAGAAAACAAAUGGAGGCGGAAAUGAGGAGGGAAUUAGAGAGAAGACGGCAAGAAGAAGAUGAAAGAGAGAGAGAAAGGAGAGAGAAAGAAGAGAGAGAACGAGAAAGGGAAAUAGAGCGAGAGAGGGAUUUGUCCUCUAGGGUGAAUAUAUCCGGAGAGGAAGCCUGGAAGAGACGCGCAGCUAUGAGCGGUGGGGGAGGAGUGCCGAGGUCUCCCUCCCCUCCGGGGAAUGCGGAGGUGGAUGGGUUUAGUAUAGGGAAGUCAGAGACGAGCGGGUUGGGAGUAGGGGCAAGCGGGCAGAUGACGGCGGCACAGAGAAUGAUGGCGAAAAUGGGGUGGAAGGAGGGGCAGGGACUUGGAAAACAGGAGCAAGGGAUCACAACACCGUUGAUGGCGAAGAAGACUGAUAGGAGAGCAGGGGUUAUUGUGAAUGCUAGUGAGAACAAAGCUGAGAAGAAGGUUAAGAGUGUCAACUUCAAUGGUGUGCCUACCCGGGUUUUGCUGCUUCGGAACAUGGUUGGUCCUGCUGAGGUAGAUGACGAGCUAGAAGAGGAGGUAGGAUCUGAGUGUGCAAAAUAUGGAACAGUUACCCGGGUUCUGAUAUUUGAGAUUACAGAACCAAAUUUCCCAGCUGAUGAGGCAGUGAGAAUCUUUGUUCAGUUUGAGAGAUCAGAAGAAACAACAAAAGCAUUAAUAGACCUAGACGGUCGGUUUUUUGGUGGCAGGGUGGUGCAUGCCUCAUUUUAUGACGAAGAGAGAUUUGGUAAUAACGAGUUGGCUCCAAUGCCUGGGGAAAUUCCUGGUUUCAACUGAAGUGAUGGAAAAUUAUGUUUGCAGACAAAUUUCCCUCAGUUUGAGUUUUGAUGAUAAAAUUACUAGGACUCUAAGGUGGCGUCUUCAUUUAAAUAGAUUUGCGGAAGUUUGGCACUGUUGUAACUUGUAAGUAACAUCUAGACCUGGAGUAGACUUUUUCUUUUCGCCCUUUUGGGCAGUUGGUUAGAGUCAUGCUUUGUAACAAAUUACAAAUUAUUGUAGUAUGAGGGGUUUAUUGCAGUUACAUGACUAUGUGGGUCUUUUGAAA